GUCGGUCGAGGGUCCCCGGGGGCCGGCGGCGGCGCUGGAGCUGUGGCUCAAUAAAGCCACAGACCCCAGCAUGUCAGAACAGGAUUGGUCAGCUAUCCAGAAUUUCUGUGACCAGGUGAACAGUGACCCUAAUGGCUCAACCCAUGCGCCCUGGCUGCUGGCCCACAAGAUCCAGUCUCCACAAGAGAAGGAAGCUCUUUAUGCCUUAACGGUGCUGGAGACGUGUGUGAACCACUGUGGAGAGAAGUUCCACAACGAGGUGGCCAAGUUCCGCUUUCUGAAUGAGCUGAUCAAAGUGCUGUCCCCAAAGUACCUAGGGUCCUGGACUACAGAAAAAGUUAAAGGAAGAGUCAUUGAAAUACUCUUUAGUUGGACAGUUUGGUUUCCAGAAGACAUCAAGAUCCGUGAUGCUUAUCAGAUGCUGAAGAAACAAGGAAUCAUAAAGCAAGACCCUAAACUCCCAGUGGAUAAAAUCUUGCCCCCGCCUUCUCCCUGGCCCAAGAGCUCCAUCUUUGAUGCUGAUGAAGAAAAGUCAAAGCUUCUGACAAGGCUUCUCAAAAGCAACCACCCUGAGGAUCUUCAGGCUGCAAACCGGCUGAUCAAGAAUUUGGUCAAGGAGGAACAAGAAAAAUCAGAGAAGGUGUCCAAGAGAGUUAGUGCCGUGGAGGAAGUACGGAGCCACGUGAAGGUGCUGCAGGAAAUGCUGAGCAUGUACCGCAGGCCGGGGCAGGCCCCACCCGACCAGGAGGCCUUGCAGGUCGUGUAUGAAAGGUGUGAAAAGCUGCGGCCCACCCUGUUCCGGCUGGCGAGUGACACCACUGACGACGAUGACGCGCUCGCGGAGAUUCUCCAGGCAAAUGACCUCCUUACCCAGGGAGUUCUGCUGUACAAACAGGUGAUGGAGGGCCGUGUCAUGUUUGGGAACACAGUAACCAGCUCAGUGGGAGACAUACCUGUCUCCAGAGUCUUUCAGAAUCCAGCAGGCUGUGUGAAGAACUGCCCCCUGAUUGACUUGGAGUUGGACAGUGGAUCUGAGCAGGCUGGGGCUGCGGCACCAUCUUUGCUUCAUCAGGAUCUGGCAGCCUUAGGAAUCAGUGAUGUUCCAAUUACCACCAAGGUUGCUGGUCAGAAUUGCUGUAAGGAAAAGAGGAGUCCUGCCGCCAACACACUGCCAGGUGGUGGUGUUCAGACCCCUUCUGCAGAGAGGAGCUUGUUGGAUCUCCUCUCCUCACAGCCAUCUCCGGGCCCUCUGAAUUAUAUUCCACAGAAAAGUAUUCCUAAGGAAGUGCCACCAGGUACUAAGUCCUCUCCAGGUUGGUCCUGGGAGGCUGGCCCAUUGGCUUCUUCCCCAUCUUCCCAGAAUACACCUCUGGCUCAAGUGUUUGUCCCUUUAGAGUCUGUUAAGCCCAGCAGCCUGCCUCCUGUUAUCGUGUAUGACCGGAAUGGAUUCCGAAUUCUGCUCCACUUUUCCCAGACCGGGGCCCCUGGCCACCCAGAGGUGCAGGUGUUGCUGUUGACCAUGAUGAGCACUGCCACCCAGCCUGUCUGGGACAUCAUGUUCCAAGUGGCUGUGCCAAAGUCAAUGCGAGUGAAACUGCAGCCGGCAUCCAGCUCCAAGCUUCCUGCAUUCAGUCCUUUGAUGCCUCCAGCUGUGAUCUCUCAGAUGCUGCUGCUCGACAAUCCACACAAAGAGCCCAUCCGGUUACGGUAUAAGCUGACAUUCAACCAGGGCGGACAGCCUUUCAGCGAAGUAGGAGAAGUGAAAGACUUUCCAGACCUAGCAGUCUUGGGUGCAGCCUAACUUUUCACAAGACAGACCCUGCCAUUCAAGCUUAGGCCAGUGUUACUUUUGCUCUCUAGAUAGAACUAAUCACGGUGACUUAGCGCGAGUGCCAAGAGUUUAUCCUGACAUCAGACUCUGGAUGCCAACCUCUGACUUAUUCUGCAGAUACUGUUUGUGUGUGUGUGUGUGUGUUGCGGGGGGUUGAAGGGAGGGUAGAGCAGGGCUUGGGAGGUGGGCAGUGUGGGAAAUGCUAAAGCAUUUCUGAUGACAUCUGCUACAAUCAUAUCUGUUUCUGCAUGUUGGUGGACACUGAUGUCCCUGCCUCAGGUUGGUUUUAUAAGCCAAAGUUGUUUUUUUUUUUUUUUUUCCCCACGUAUUGUUAUCUUUUCAUUCAUCCACUCUGUGCCUUGCCAGCCUUUGAAAGUCUUGGUUGCUCCCAGGCUGCUGUUCUCAGGGACCUUAAAAGGGACCUGGUUGGUCUUGGGGCAGAGAAUGUCUUCUGGGGCACUCUCUUCCAAGAAAGACCUUGUCUCCAUUUCCAUUAGAGAAUGCUGCUUGCAUGUGUUCGGGAAGAUCUUUUAAAUGGAAUGCUUGUUGCACUGUUUUCCAGGUGAGGGGCUGCCGCUAGACCAGAGGACCACACUUGGUGGGCCAAUCAUGUCCUUCACCACUGUGCCUUAGAAUCACCCAUAGAUGGACCCUCCAGGGCAGAGGGAAGGCAGAUCCCAGGCCUUACUCAGGCCUCAGGUUCCAUGGGUUGGGCAGCCUGUCUGGGCCUCACUCAGGACCCUCAUCCCCAUCCUCAUUCUCUUUCUCCACAAUCGUUUACUCAGAGUUCUUUGAUUGUGACACCGUGCCAGUCAUUGUAAAUCAUAACUAACAGGUUCUCCCUUGCCUGUUGACUUCACAAUCCAAGAUGAAGAACUGUGAUGCAAAGAGAUAUGAGAAGAGCUUAGCAACGAUUUAAGUGGUGACUAAAUAUAGAAAGUGAUUGAAUAAAUACCCAUGUAGCAA